GCUUUUAGAAUGGAUCUGUUGUUCCUCAGCCGGCGGAUUUUUCUGGGCGAUGGCAGCCAAAAUUCGCUGAUCCAUGGCGGUAUUAUUGUGGAUACAGAGGGUAUCAUUCGAAAGGUGCUACGUUCACCACAGGAAGUCAACACCUAUCUGUAUAACACGGAAUCCGAAUCGGUUUACGAUUUUGGUGACCUCGUAUUAAUGCCAGGACUAAUUGAUCCCAAUGUGCACAUCAAUGAGCCGGGUCGAAAGGAUUGGGAGGGCUUCGCUGCGGCCACAAAAGCGGCGGCAGCCGGUGGCUUCACCACCAUCAUUGACCGACCCACCAAUGCCGCACCACCCACCGUUAGUGUGGCGGGUCUCAAGGCGAAAACCUCGACGGCGCGGGGUAAAAUCUACGUGGAUGUGGGCUUCUGGGGUGGCCUCAUCCCCGGAAACGGAGAUCAGCUGGCUCCGCUGCUGAAUGCCGGCGUCAUCGGUCUGCAGUGCACUUUGUACGGAUCCGCUCCGCCGGUCGCCCAGGAAUUUCCCGCCGUAAACGAAGCCCAACUGGAGGAGGCUCUCGUCCGACUGGAAAAGGAUCACGACGAAGGCGAAGCUCUCAUAGCGGUUCACGCGGAGUUGCCGCUGCCCACGGAAAUCCCGUUCGACGAGGAGGCGCCACGGGCGUACGGCACUUUUCUGGCGACUCGACCGCACGAAAUGGAGACUUCGGCGACGCAGCUGCUCUGCCGUGUGGCACGUCGCCACCCGAGGCGUUGCAUCCACAUCCUGAACGCAAGCAGCGGUCGCUGUGUGCCGCUCGUGGAGGAGUGCCGCCGGGGGGAGGGGGCAACCGGCAACCUGUCGAUGGACACCUGCCCGCACUAUCUCAGCUUGGCGAGCGAAGAGGUUCCCGAGUGCGGCACGGAGUUCAAAACAUGGCCACCGAUUCGGGAGAGGAGCAACCAGGAUGCCUUGUGGGCGGCACUUAAGGUGGGCGGAGCGAUUCGGUUGAUUGGCAGCGAUCACUCGCCGGCAACGCCUGGCGCACGCGCCCUAACCUGCGGCAGGGGGCGUGGCAACUUCAUGAAGGCCUGGCCGGGCAUCAAUUCACUGCAACUCAGCCUGCCGGCUAUUUGGACUGCAGCCAAUCAGAGGGGAUCUGCGCUGACUAUCGCCGAUGUCCAUCGACUGAUGUGCCAGGAGCCGGCGAACCUGUGCGGGCUGUCCGCCUCGAAGGGUCGCAUCGCCGAGGGCUUCGAUGCGGACUUCUGUGUUUGGAGUCCCGAGGAGGAGUUCACCGUUGGUCCGGAGCUGCUCUUCACCGCCACCAAGGCCACGCCGUACACGGGCCGCCGGCUGCGGGGAGUGGUGCAUGCCACGGUGGUGCGGGGACUGCAUGUCUACCAGCAGUUCGAGGGCUUCGGCCAGCCGCUGGGCAAAGUGGUUCUCCGGCGGAGCGGUCGCAAGCUGGUCAAGUUCGUCAGCGCCUGAGACGAGGGGGAAAACUGCGGGGAUCUAGGAUAAACUUUGCUAAUUAAAAUGAUUAGCAGAUUGGGCUGUGCUCGCAGAUAUUCCGUAACCAUUUUCCUUUCCCAUUUAUACCCUUUCCUGGGGUAUAGCUUAUCUAUCUUUCGUUGAAAUGCAAUAAAUAUUUUUUUAUUUAAGAAAUAAACCAAUUGAUUGCUUUGUUACUUACACACUAGUUAUCAAAAAAAUCUUCACAUAUUUUGUAGAUAUUGAUUUUAGGAUAUCAACAAUUAUUCAACAGAAAAAAAUUAUUAAAAUGUUCUCAUAAGUGAAAAACAACUUUCGAAA